AUGGCGACCACUCAGCAGGCCCAGGGGCAGCGUGCCCACGUCGCCCGGCAUGUUCGGAGUUUCCCCGUCGACGGGGUCGCACCGCCGCGGCCUGUGAGGCAUGCAGGCCGGGUCGACGACGGCCGCCGACACACCCGAAACCACGUGUCCGCCGACAAUCUCUACCACCCGGAUGUACGCAGGCCCAGUCGUAGCGACUUAAACCGCCGCACAUCUACCCACAAGGCUCUCCCGCCGAUUCCGGGCGAGCGCACCGCGGCGCCGGGCCCCUCCAUCCCCUCCCGCUACGCGAGGGCCAGAGCGGCAUCGACGCCCUCGUGGCCCCUGGGACCCGACAGCAGGAGAGCCGAGAGCCGGCCCGUCUUAAGGGAAAACACACACGUGCACUCCCGCACGAGGCGGAGGGGCUCACUGGCUGCUCCUUCGCCCUCAGUGGCCAGGCCCCCUAUCGACCGUCGCGACUUUGAAUCUAGCCCUCGACACGAGCGCCAGGCACCCCUGAUUGUCGUUACAUCACUCUCUGCUGCUACUGCCUCUGCUGCUACCGCCUCGGUCGCCUCUCCCGUGGCCAUUUCGACCGCAGCCCCCUCCACCAUCUCCGUCACACCGACCCCAACCACCGCCACCACCGCCGCCACUAGUCUACAGCCGACCUCAACCACAAUAACCACCGCCCCCAGCUCUGCCGCAACAGCCUCCCCGCCCGCCUCACCAACCAAGUAUCCGUCCGGACGCAGCGCCGGGCAUAAGCAAACGCCCAGCUUCCAAACCCGCUACAUGCACAUGCUGCUCGCCCUCGACAAGAUCCCGCGCCUGCAUAACAUCCUCGCGUCCGUCUUCACCUGGACCCUGCUUGCCGGCUUUGUCGUCUUCCCGGGUGCCUUCACCACGUCCCCGGGCGCCCCUCCCACUACGGCGCCCAGCCUUCUUCCCCUCGCCGUCGCGCUGACCUCGCUCGGCGCCCUUGGCCUCGCCUGGCUUGGCGUCCGCUGGCGCCGCAACUACGUCUGGCUCCUCAACCGCGUCUACAUGCCCGGUGCGCUGAGCGGCUUCGUGGGCGGGCUCGCCACCGUGACGUCGGUCUACGCCCACGCCGCCGGCUUCUGGAGCCCGCCCGCCAUGGCCGCCGCCGCCGUCGAGGCGGCUCUGUGCCUGCUUUGCGGCGGGCUGUUUAUCGUCUACAACAACCUUCUCCUGGGCCGCGUCAAGCGGGACCACGACUCCAGCGGCGACGAGAAGCCUCGUGGGCGUGGCAGCGCGAGCGGUGAGGGCGAGGGGCGGCCGGAAAGGAGGGGGGUCCUCAUGCGGAUGUGGCGCUUCUCCCAGUCGCCUCCCCUUGCGCCUGGAAGUAUUGUGUAG